AUCGUACCUGUAACGUAACUGUGGCCUUUGUAGGGACCUACCCCAUGCAUAAGUCUGGGGGGACUAAGAAUAUUUGAUGCUGUGAAGUCAAAUUUGCCCCUCAACUCUAUCGGAAUGAUUCCGGAUAUUUUAAUGGGGAAAUUCAAAGAUAAGAUGGGCAGCAUGGUAUGCCAAGUGUCACUUGAAUUUUCAGAGGGCUACGGGCGCUGCUUCCUAUUUUAGAUUCGCCGCCUUCGUUAAUUUUUUAAGAAGCACUUGGUGAUUUUGAAUACGGAGACGAAGGAAACGCCAGCAAUCUGUCAGCCCAAUUCGCGAAGUUAUGGAGUCACGUGAUAUUGUUAAUUUGGGUGUCCUAGGACGAUUCUAUUCGUGCCGAAAUGUUUUGGGGUUUUACCGCUGCACCUCGGCCCUUGCAGUAUGCACCUAUUCUACAGCUGGGCUUCCUCAUCCAGACACUUCCUUCAUGGAGCGGUUCGAUCGUGCAUUGUAUCAGACCGUGCAAUAUCACCCUUCUCUAUGCUAUGGAAUCGUGGACAAGACUCCGGAUAGAGAGGCCCACUUCCUGAGAUUGAAAGUUGUCUAUAAGGAAGAUGUCGCAGAAUUCUGUGGACAAACUCCGGAAGAAGCAAGACAGAACGAUGAUGACACUUCAACCAUCAAGCUCUUAGAAAAGUCACACGCCCGGAUUUUGUCAGAAGGACAUUGCAAGCCAGCAUGGAGAGUUGUCGUGUUCAAACAUGGUGGUCAAUGGGGAUCUGAAUCUCAGCAGCUAGGCCAAUCAGUUCAGAAACUCAGCAUUGCUUUCCUCGCGAGCCAUGCCAUUGCCGAUGGUCUCAGCCAUACAAACUUCCACAAGACUUUUUUUCAUUUUUUCAACAGUUCCCAACCGGAAGAAUUGGUCUGGCCAUAUCAGGUACCCAGGGAUCUUCGUUGUCCCAUACUCUUGGAAGAAGUUGUCGAUUUGCAGGCCAGGGACGAAAACGACAACACUCAUAUAAAUUACGACUCCACAAAUAUAUGGUCGGGUGCCAAUAUGUUUUUGUCAUCUAUAGAGGAGUAUGAGUCAGGUCUCCGCCUAGUCAAUCUUCCCCUAGCACAAUUGGGCAAAGUCCUGCAAUUCUGCAAGUCAUGCAAAAUUACUUUGACUGGACUGAUACAUGGCCUUCUGGUCACCUACCUCUCUAGAGCCAUUGCUCCUGGGCACAUGUUUCGGGCAGUCAUUCCAUAUUCCAUGCGACAUAUAACAAAAGUUGCCGACGAUGAGAUUUGCAAUCAUGCCUCAGCUUUAGUGGUUGAUUCACCAGACGAGUUGGCCAGCGCAAUCCGCACCACUCCCACAAACUCAAGUCAGGAACUUGAACUAAUCAUCGGCAUCGCGACGGACUAUCGACGACACAUGGCUGCUGAGUUGGCUAGAAGUCCCAAAAACAACGUUUGGGCUGGAAUGUUCGGCAUUGACGAUUGGUAUGGACCGUCACUGAGUCAAUUGGGGAAGAAGCGAGCGUUGACCUAUGAAUUGUCAAAUUUCGGCAAUGUCGAGGUGGUUGAGAGUGACAAAUUGCAAGGCGCACCUUUGAGUUUGGAAAAGGUAGUGGUCUCUCAGUGUGGAUCAGUGACUGGUCCAGUUUUUUGUUGCAACUGCAUAAGUAUUCCGGGGGGGCCAAUGACGAUUACAUUGACUUGGCAGAAAGGCAGCGUUGAGGAGGAUAUCAUAAAUAACUUUGCAGAAUACCUGACGGAACGCCUACGGGCUGGUUUUGACUCCGUGUCCCAGAAGGAAUAGAUUGGAGCUUUGAUAUGUGGUUUAAAUGUUAAUCACUUGACGAGACGUUUUGCAUCAUUUGAGAGAAAGAAUGAAGAAAAAUGAUGGCUCAUAAAUAAUGGCCAACUUUAGAUAAUCAUUUCGAUAGCUAAUUCCUCAUACCGACCAAGCUGUCUCUUUAGACUCCUGUAAGUUACUUGUGUGAACUGUUUGAAGCGGCAGAAUCGUCACGGUCGACAAGUCACAUGAGCUCUAAGAUCACAAUCAGCAUUCAAAAACAGUCCGUUGGAAGCAUCGAAUAUUGAAUUGAAUUUCAACCAUACAUUUUUCUCCAUUGCCUUCUUUACAGCCUCAACACUGGCAGCUUGACAAGCAAACACUGUCCUUGGGGCUUUGGUCUCCUCCGAUAGCACCCUUCCAGCGAAAGUGGGCUUCAAACCCAGAUCUUGGAUAUCCCUGGAAUCCCUCACUAUCAC